AUGAGCGUGGUCGCAGAAUCUACAAAUAUCCCAGGCGCGGUCCCUGAGACCCUAAUCUCCGUGCUUGCGCAAUUCGAUAAUCUUGAUGUCGAUGGCCGCCCCAGCAAGCGGCGCAAGGUUAUCAAGUCUGGUCCAUAUAAUUUGAGUGAUGAACUGGGCGUUUCGUCAAAUAGAAUCCCGUUGGGUUAUAUUCCUCUUACUCGACUGUCUUUGCGACUAGACUACACGAAAGCAUUUGGAUCCGACGAGAAAUCCCAGAAUGACCAUUCUGAUCACCCACAUCGAUUGCCUGUCCUUGUAGAGGUUCAAAAUACUGGAUCACGCUCAGAUGCACCCGUUAUUCUCGAUUCUCCCGACGAUUAUGCCGCUUACACCCUGACCGUGACCACGACCGAUGCAGAUAAGAGGGAAUUAUUUUCUAUUAGAUUGCACGAUUUGCGACUCGCCGGGUUUUUCGAACAGUUCAGACAGGUCACUCGGUUAAUUCCCGCUGACCGAUACUACAACCGUCUCCCAACGGCGUGCUAUCAAGCUACAAUACAGCUCUCGGCCAACCAAAACUCCGUUCUAUUGGAAGUAGUGGGCCUCUGGAAGGACUCACUUAUAAUUCCGGACCUGAAUCAUCUGCCGGAUCCUGCUUUGGAGCUUUUUGCGAAGUAUGCUUUGGAGGAGGAUUAUGUGUCCGCCCUCGAAUAUACUGAGCGUGGACGCCGGGAGAAGCUACUCGGAGAUCAUCGGCAGUGGUUGCCUCGUGAAUUCUACGAGAGCGUUCACGUCCCACCGGAUACUGAAAGCACAUCCGCAGAUAUCAAAUGUCCCGAUCUGGAAUGUGAGCUUUUUCCUUUCCAGAGACGAGCUGUCAGGUGGCUUUUGUGGAGGGAAGGAACCCACAUUCAAGGAGAUGGGAAAGUUUCCACCAUUGACAGGCCUUUACCAAAUGGCCUUCCAGCUUCAUUCCAGAAAAUGCACGAUGCCGAUGGUAAUGUCUGCUACUUCAGUCAUCUAUUUAUGACAAUUACCACCCAGAUAUCCCAAUGGGGCGAUGCGGCAAAUCUAUUGCGAGGAGGGAUUCUAGCGGAGGAGAUGGGACUUGGCAAGACAGUCGAGAUGAUUGCUUUGAUGAACCUGAAUCGACGACCCCCACAUGAGUCGCUGAAACCUGACCCCGAUGGAUUGCGUGUGUCCGGUGCCACUCUGAUCAUCACGCCACCGGCAAUCCUGGAACAGUGGAAGCAAGAACUCGAGCAACAUGCCCCAAAACUGCGGGUGCAUCACUAUACAGGCAUCAAGCGUGGACAAGAACAAUCGGAUGAAUUUAUGAUCGAAGAGAUAGCAGAUUUUGACGUUGUCUUGACUACAUACAACGUUAUCUCUCGGGAGAUACACUAUGCUGGUGCCACCCCACAGCGUAGCCUCCGCCAUGAGAAGCGGUUCGAGCCUCGAAAGACACCGCUAGUCCGGAUAUCAUGGUGGCGUGUUUGCCUUGACGAAGCUCAGAUGAUUGAGAGUGGCGUCAGCAAUGCAGCAAAAGUGGCUCGAUUAAUUCCUAGGCAAAACGCCUGGGCUGUGACUGGUACACCAUUGCGAAAGAAUAUCGAUGACCUGUUCGGGUUGUUACUAUUUCUUCAGUACAGGCCGUUCUGUGACUCGAGCUCCUUGUGGAAACGGCUCUAUUCAAGAUUCGGCCCGGUUUUGGUCGGCAUCAUUAAUUCGAUCGCUCUCCGGCACAGCAAAGAUAGAGUACGCGACGAACUGCGCUUACCACCGCAGAAACGUAUUGUCAUCACCACUCCUUUUACUCCGAUUGAGGAGCAGCACUACGGACAACUGUUCGAGGAGAUGUGCGAACAAUGUGGCCUGGAUGCAUUUGGCGCACCUCUUUCAGGCGACUGGAACCCCGAAGACCCCGCCAUCAUUGAGAGAAUGCGCACCUGGUUGACCCGUCUUCGCCAGACCUGUCUUCAUCCUGAAGUCAGCGGUAGCAAUCGUCGGGCAUUGGGCGCCGGAAAUGGCCCGCUGCGCACAGUCGAUGAGGUUCUUGAAGUCAUGAUCGAGACCACUGACACGUCGAUCCGCACGGAAGAGCGAACUUUACUUCUCUCUCAGCUCCGGCGGGGCCAGCUUCUGGAGAAUGCGAAGCGUAGGAAGGAGUCACUGGCUAUUUGGCAGAUCGCUCUAGAUCAUGCUACCGAGCUGGUCAAUGACAGCAGAAAGCAGCUUCGACUUCAGCGCCUCAAAAAUAAAGGCGUGGCUGUGGAUGGCGCAAUGGCCGUUCCCGAAACUCCUGAUUAUACGACCGAUGACGAAAACGAAGAUGAAACGGACAAGAACAGCCGUAUAGGCCAGUGUCGUCUGAAGCUCCGUGCUGCCCUGGAAGUGCAACAUAUUGCUGUAUUCUUCACUGCGAAUGCGUACUACCAGAUCAAAAGUGACUCCAAUCUGACCCAGCCUGACUCUGAGGAAUUCAAAGCCCUUGAGAAGAAGGAAGAAGAAGGUUACGAGGCAGCGAAGUUGAUCCGCAAGGAGAUGUUGACCGACAUUUCACGCAAAGUUGAGCGGUACAUGAGAAAUAUCAAGGAAAGGACUCGGAAGAAGGAGUUUGUGCACAUCCCCACAAUGAAGCCAUAUUUGUACAGCAGAGGGCUGGAAUCUUACAGGUUACUCAACAAGUUUGAGGAUCUAUGCACUGCUCUUAACAAGCAUGCAGAGCAAUACAACCGGUGGCGAGAUAUUAUGAUCGACCUGGUCUCCCAGUCACUCAUUGACCAAGAAGAGGAUGCGGAAUUGGAAGGAAAUGAGUACGAGCGAUCCACCAAGCAUCAAGACGAAAUGUAUGUUUACAUGGAGGCCCUUCGCGCUAUGUACGCAGAUCGUCAUGAUGCCCUUACAGGCCAAAAGAACAUCCUCAUUUCCCACGAGGCCAAGGCAGGUAUUGCGCAGGCAAAGAAAGGGGAAGGGCCUUCCCCGGAGCUGUUCCUUUCGAUCAUGAAUACUCGCAGCGAACUCAUGCCAGAUCCAAACCUGGGAUCACUUCGUGGGAUUGUGAGUGAACUGCGCAGCUUGGUUGGCUCGCUCGAGUGGCAAGCUUCUGGAGGAAGCUCGCGUGCUAGCGCCGAGCUUGAGAUGGUCACCUUGGUCUUGAAGAAUGCCGGCCAAAUGAUUGCUGAACAGCUCAAAAUCUCUUCAAGCCUAGAGAGAGAAGUGGAAAUGUUUCGAGACACGAUGAAUAAUCGACUGGAAUACUAUCGCCAUCUACAGCAGAUCUCAGACACGGUUGCUCCCUAUGACGAAGAGAAUGCUGGCAAGCCAAUGGAUGAAAAUUUAUUUGGUUCCAAAUUAAAGCAGGAAGAAAAGAUCCAGGCUAAAAUCUCCUCCCUCAAGUCCAAGCGACGAUAUCUUAUCCAUCUUCGAGAUGAAUCAGGCGAGGAAGAUCACUCCCGUAUAUGUAUUAUCUGCCAGUCCAGCUUUGAAACCGGUGUUUUGACUGUUUGUGGUCACAAAUAUUGCUCGGAGUGUCUGCGAUUAUGGUGGCGCCAACAUCGAACCUGUCCUAUGUGCAAGAAACCUCUGAAACUCAACGACUUCCAUCAAAUCACAUACAAGCCACAGGAACUGGUUGCUCAGGAAGAAGAGACGCCUUUCAAAUUCGAUCACGAAAAACAUCCGAAGAAUGCCAUCUAUAGCGAUAUUAGCUCGGGUGUGCUGAAGCAGAUUGAAAACGUUGAACUCGACGGUUCAUUUGGUACAAAGGUCGAUACUCUCGCACGUCAUAUCAUCUGGCUUCGGGAGCAUGACCCAGGAUCCAAGGCAAUUGUCUUUUCGCAGUACAGGAACUUUCUGGUCGUUCUGAAGCGAGCAUUCAACAGAUUCGGUAUUGUCAAUAGCAGUGUCGAUGCCCCGGACGGGAUUGAGAAAUUCAAAAAAGACCCAGCGAUUGAAUGCUUUCUGAUGCAUGGCAAGGCACAGUCAUCAGGACUAACGUUGAUCAAUGCGACCCAUGUCUUCCUGUGUGAGCCACUCAUAAAUACUGCAAUUGAACUCCAGGCCAUUGCUCGAGUUCACCGAAUCGGCCAACACCGUCCAACUACUGUGUGGAUGUACCUCGUGUCUGGAACCGUUGAAGAGUCCAUUUACGAACUAUCAGUGACUCGCCGGCUCGCCCACAUUUUGGAAAAGGAGAAGCAAGAGAAGAAUGCCCACUCAACGAAUCCAAGUGAUGGAGACGAGUCAUUGAUCAAUGACAUAACCGAAACAGCGAUUGACUCUGCUAAUUCUAUGGAAAUGGAGGAUGCAACCCUUAACAAUCUCAUGACAAGCGGCGCAGCAGGUGGAGAGAUGGUCAAAAAAGAUGAUCUAUGGCAAUGUUUGUUUGGAACCACUGCUGGAAAGAAUGACCGUGGUCUUUCAACCGAUGCAGAGAGGGAAGUUGGCCGCUUCUUACGCGGUGAAGCUGCAGAGCAAAGAAGAGACGAAGCUACGACUUAG